AUGGAGAAUGAUAGGACACUUGAUAAUCUUGAUGAGCUGAACGAGUACGGUCACUUCGCGUAUCUCAAGAGUGAGGACAAUGUGGAAGAGCGACCAGAUUGGCUAGGCGGAAGUUCGAACAUACCCAGAGGUCCUGAAGACCUAAAUGAAUUGGCAAGACAUGGUCCCGAAGGUCGUAGCAAUCCCUCAGACAGGCUGCAAGAACGUGGCGGACACAGCUCUGCUCCAGCAGUGCUCAUCGUUGUGCCCAAGGAAGACGGAGUAGUCGACGCAUUCUGGUUCUACUUCUACAGCUACAACCUUGGAAACAAGGUACUGAACAUCCGAUUCGGUAACCAUAUAGGAGACUGGGAGCAUUCGAUGGUCAGAUUCCGCAACGGUACUCCAGAAGCAGUGUACAUUUCGGAACACGGAGCGGGACAGGCAUACGCAUACCAUGCCAUUGAGAAGUACGGCAAGCGACCAGUCAUCUACAGUGCAACUGGCACACACGCGAACUACGCGACGCCAGGGUUACACCCGUAUGUGUUGCCGUGGGGCCUCUUGCACGACCAGACAGAUAAAGGACCGCUCUGGGACCCGAAUCUGAACCAUCACGCGUAUGUGUACAAUUACACAUCUCGUCACUUGAAGUCAUCGGUGCAGACUCCGUAUGCGCCGGUGAGUUGGUUCAAUUUCAAGGGUCAUUGGGGUGACAAAAUCUACCCCAUGAGCGAUAAAAGGCAGUACCGCUUCUGGGGACAGUAUCAUUAUGUCAGCGGGCCCUUCGGACCACGUUUCAAGAAUCUAGGUCGCAAGAAGGUUUGCCAGAACAUGCAAACACAGUGCAUAAUCAGACAUUGGCUUGGAGAGGAGGAAGGUAGCGACGACGGAGAGAAGAGGUUGCCAGGAGAGGAAAUAGGGGAUGCGGUAGAGGGUCCAGAGACAACAGAGUAG